CCAUUUUGCAUUUUUGUAACUGACGAUCAUUUGCUAGUACCCACGUGUACCUAUUUAGAGAAAGAUAGACACACAGAGAAGAUUGUAUCUGCCAUGGCUCAGUCAGAGAUUAAACUAGGGUUCCACGAGAUGGAUCUGGACAACAGACUCCUAAAGGCGAUUGCAAAACUAAAAUGGUUGGAGCCUACUCUCAUUCAGGAGAAGGCCAUUCCUUUAGCUUUGGAGGGUAAGGAUAUUCUAGCCAGAGCCAAGACGGGGUCUGGGAAGACAGCUGCAUAUGCUAUUCCCCUGAUUGAGAAGAUUCUUCGAGGCAAGAUAGCUGGUGAUAUUGAUAGUGAAGGAGGUGUAAGAGUUCUGGUGCUGGUACCCUCUAAAGAGCUGGCUGAGCAGGCAACUAGAAACCUGAAGGAGCUGGCUUCUUGUUGUGUGAGAGAGAUUGUUGUUGUGGAUGUGUCCAACUCUCCACUGUCAGCAGCUCAAAGGUCACUGAAGGUGGAGAAACCUGAUGUGGUGGUUGGGACACCCAGCAAACUGUUGGCACAACUUCAAAAUAAAAACCUGAGCUUGAAAGAGAGUAUGGAAACACUGGUGGUGGAUGAAGCAGACCUUCUGUUCUCAUACGGCUACGAAGACGACAUCAAGACCCUUCUCAGCUAUUUGCCUCAGAUCUACCAGUCCUUUCUCAUGUCCGCUACUUUAUCAGAGGAUGUGCUGUCUCUUCGGUCAUUGAUUCUUCAUAACCCAGCCAUUUUAAAGCUGGAGGAAUCGGACUUACCUGAAGAGAGCCGGCUGUCUCAGUUCCAUAUCAAGUGCAGUUUGGAGGACAAGUUUCUACUCAUCUACUCUCUUCUUAAGCUAGGAUUGGUUCAAGGAAAGUCGCUGCUCUUUGUGAAUGAUAUCGACCGGUGUUACAAGUUGAAGUUGUUCCUGGAGCAGUUUUCAAUAAAGUCGUGUGUUCUCAACUCAGAACUGCCUGAGAAUACAAGGUGUCAUGUGGUGGAGGAAUUCAACAGAGGUAUUUAUGAUUACAUCAUUGCCACGGACGAGGCCUCGAGCCUCCAGAGUGUGAGGGAGGCAAGAAAGAAGAAGAAAACACAUGGCAAAAGGAAGAGGGAUAAGGAAUACGGCGUUGCUAGGGGGAUAGACUUCAAAGGUGUGGAGAAUGUGAUCAACUUUGACUUCCCUCCCUCCCCCGACUCUUAUGUGCAUCGCGUGGGAAGAACAGCACGUGGGGUCGAGUGUGGUGCAGCUCUCACGUUCGUGUGCCCAAUAGAAGAGAAGUUGUUGAGUGCAGUGGAGACUAGGCUGUCCACAGAACAUGGUUGUGAUGGCGAGUCUACUGGGCCUGCUGUGAAGCCGUACAUAUUCAAGAUGGCCGAGAUUGAGGGGUUCCGAUACCGAGUCAUGGAUGCGUUACGAGCAGUCACUAAGACAUCCAUUCGCGAAGCUAGGCUCAAGGAGAUCAGAUAUGAGAUGCUUAACUCAGAGCGACUGAAGGUUCAUUUCGAGGACAACCCUCGUGACCUCCAGGUGCUGCGUCAUGACAAGGUGUUGCAGCCAGGACGAGUGCAGCCACACCUCAAGCACAUACCCUCCUACCUCGUGCCGCACAAACUGAGGGAACCUGGUAGCACUCCGGUUGCCAUGGGAGACGGACCCCCAACAAAGCUGGUUAAGAGGUCAAAAGGUCGUGGCGGCAAACAAACCCACAGGAAUCGAAAGGACCCUCUGAAGAGUUUCUCUAUAAGAGCAAAGUAAGAACAUGAACCGACUAUUUCUCAGUUUCGUCAGUUUCUUAUUUCUAGGUAGUUUACACAUUAUUGGUUCUUGUCAAUAUAUUGUGGAGUUUUAAGAAUUUUGCUCUCGUG